CUCGGUGGCGCACUUUAUCGGACGCUACCGCUGGGGCGUCUGCUCCAUAUAUUUUCGAGCGGCCCAAGACGAGAUGGCGACCCCGAACUUCGGCCGAGCGGUCCAGGACAUGCCCCCGGCGGGCGGCUUCAAGGCGCCCAACUUUGCCCGCGCCGUGCCCGUGACCCGCGGCCCGCCUGGCUGGGCCAUGUUCGCCGGCUGCGCGGCCAUCGUGACCUUUGGCUUCUACGUCGUGGGCCAGACCAACCAGGAGAUCCGUGCGAUGCGCAAGGAGCAGCGCGAGCGCCGCGUGGCCAUGCUGCCGUUCUUGCAGGCCGAGGAAGACGCCGAGUACCUCCACAUCGAAGCGCACUACUUGGACCAGGAGAAGGAGCGCAUGAAGAACGUGCCGGGCUGGAAGGUCGGCGAGUCGCCGUACCACAGCAACACGUGGAAGGUGCCGGUCUGGGCACAAAAGUAAAACACGGCUACCGAGUAUACAAGGAACAACGAGGCUUGUAUGUGGCGCUAACCGCAAGAAGAAUGCACAAUCUGUUGUCUA